AUGGCCAUCGUGCACAUCACUCAUGGCACUUGCCGGUCCGCCGGCGACAUCCCCCAUGCUGCGCCGCCUACUACUGAUCCGGAGCGCGUCUGCGACGGUUCCCCCCGUAUCUGCGCCGUGCUCGUCGCGAUCGCGGAUUCCAGGAACCGCGCGACCUCCCUGUCCGCGUCGGAGCAUUCGGCCCGCAGGUUCGACGUGUCGAUGGGACCGAUAAUAUCCUUCUGCAGAUCGAGUAUCUCUUGGUUCCGACGAAGGACUCGCCUCUAUACCCCUAUAGCCCCGAACUGUGUCAAGUUACCGAAGAUUCGGGACCAACAUUGGCUGGAUCAACCGGCGAUGCCAAACACCAAGAGGUGUGCAGCAUCCGGGAACUUUAUGUUGACGGCCUCGUGCUUCUUGCUCGUAUUCAGCUACCCGGUCGCCACGAACUUGAUUCCCUCGUUCAAGAGGGCUCUGGACCAGGUCGAGAUCGCCCCCGACGCCGUCAACCAAGCCGGCAUGACUGGCGCCGCUGGCGACAAGGAGACCGGGCUCCGGCGUCUGCAUUUCAUCUUUGUACAAGGCCUGUGUUUGGUUAAAUGGUCAUCUUCACAGAAUCUGGUACAUUGCAUUGACGCCACGAGAAUGGACAAUGGUGGCAGCCUGAGGGAGAGACGACGAAUCAUUGUUCAUUGUGAUCUUCUGGUGGCGUGCCAACGAAUAGAUCAGACGUGCGGUUCGUACGGCUAA